AUGACGAGCAUUGACGAGCUUUUCAAAGGCGCAAACGGCUCUUCAAAGCGCAAGUUUGAGAACCCAAACGAAGCCGAUCCAACGCAAUCGUACAAAUCCGCGAAGCUAAACGGAAAUGGCGACGUAAAGGGCUCAGCGCAAGCCUCAGUAGCCGACGAAGAAGACGAUGACGAGGCUGGCCCUUCAUUACCACCGGAUUUCGACGACGGCCCAGGCGACGAUGACGAAGGUCGAUUCUUUGGCGACGGUUUGGACGAGAAUGCGCGAGAUGCCAUGGAAUACAUUGAUGCGCUAGAUGGCGGCGAGGCGAUAGGAGAGGAAAAGUACGAUGUUCCCUGGGUGCGCAAACUAGCGCUCAACUUUGAGAAGAAGGUCAACAAGAAUGCUUCGCUACGCGCAAAGUAUGAAUACGAUCCUACAAAGUUUAUGGAGUCGGAGGGCGAUUUGGAUGAAGGCAUAAAGGCGCUGAGCAUACUGUCAGAGCACCCGGAGCUAUACGAGGAAUUCGCAAAGAGCACAGCAGCGUCAAAGUUGGUGGAACUACUAGCGCAUGAGAACACAGACAUUGCAAUCGCUGCGAUUGAAAUGAUAUCGGAGCUCACAGACGAGGACGUGGGAGGAGAGCAGGAGCAAUGGGAUGCGCUUGUGGUGGCAUUCAUGGAGGCAGACUUGGUCAGCCUGCUCAUCUCCAACUUUUCGCGCUUCGACGAAACCGACGAGGCCGACGCAUCUGGCGUGUACAAUUCGCUCAGCGUAAUCGAGAAUCUACUGUCACAACCAGCAAAUACAGACUUGAUAGGGAAGGAAACCACGCUACUAAAGUGGCUACUCGACAGAAUCCAAAAGUCCGAGAAACCAACAUCACAAAACAAACAAUACGCCGCCGAGAUCCUUUCCAUCCUCACACAAUCUUCGCGACCGAACCGAAACCACGUCGCCGAAGCCAAUGGCGUCGAAAUCUUCCUCACAAAUCUUGCGCCAUACCGACGAGAUGACCCAGAAAGAGACAGCUACGAAGAAGAAUACAUGGAAAACCUCUUCAACUGCCUCUGCUCCAUCACCGAAGAGCCCCUUGGCAAAUCCAAGUUCCUCGAAGCCGAAGGCGUAGAACUCUGUCUCCUUUUCAUCCGCGACGGCAAAACAAGCAAAAGCCGCGCUCUAAAAGUCCUCGACCACGCCUGCGGUUACGCCUCAGAUCCCACACCAGACCCCUCCUCCAACAACAGCAAAGGCAAAGCCGCCACCCAAGACCAAGACACAGCGCCCUUAACCAACAGCGCAAUGGCCGUCUGCGACAAAGUCGUCGAAUCCCGCGGUCUCAAACCCUUAUUCUCAACUUUUAUGAAGUCCAAGAAACUAGAUCCCCAACAAACCGAACACAUCCUUUCGAUCUUCGCCUCCCUCUUGCGUUCGCUACCCGGAAACUCCGACUCGCGGUUCCGCCUCCUCGCCAAGUUCCUCGAGAAAGAUUACGAAAAGAUAACUAAACUCGUUUCCCUACGACGGGAUUACGUAGCCCGCCUUGCGGCAUUCGAUGCGCGGAGCGCUACGCUGAAGCAAGGGUUGAGCGGCGAGGAACUGGAGGAGUGGGAGUUGGAGAAUACAACGGAGAGGUUGGGCGAGGGCCUGUAUUGUUUGGAGCGGAUUGAUGCGAUUCUCGCGUGGUUGGUGGCUGAGGAUGCGGGAGCGAAGAAGGCGGUGCAGGAGAGGUUGGCGGAGAGGGAUGAGGGGUUGGCGGAUGUCAAGAGGACGUUGCAGGCGCAGUUGGAUGGGGUGUUGGCGGUGGAGAAGGCCGAGAGGGAUAUGUUGGAGGCGUUGGUUGGAUUCUUGGAGUAG